CUCUGGGAGAAGCAGGUGAAAGCCGCUCCGUGUCGCUGCUGCUGCCCUGCAAGUGAAACGCAAUCCCGCCGGGGAGGAAGACACUGGGAAAUGCAGGCAUCAACUUAAUUCACAAGACUGUUUGGAGACAGCGAGGACGCGGAGACCGACCGAGGUGGGAUUUGACGAAGAGGAGAGGCUUGAAAAAAAAAUAAAAAUAAAAAAAAAACUUCCUUGAAUUGGACGAGCUUCAGUGAGACUGAGCCCGACGACCCGGGGAAUCGAGUUUACUGUACCAAAGAAGUGCUCUCCUAUUUCAGCUGGGAGGACUUGUGUUCGGAGCUGGCACAUGAACUCUUCGGACCACUAAUCGUCUCCGGACUUUGAUCUGUGCCUUUUAAACACAGUUUUUUUUUUUUUCCUUUUUUUUAUUUCCUCCCCUUCACUCAACGUGCAGCCAAUAAAGCCUCCAGAUAAAAGCAGGAGUUGUUCCUGAAGUCCGCGGCAAUGGGGGAGCAGCCGAUUUACACCACCAGGGCCCACGUGUUCCAGAUCGACCCAACCACCAAGAAGAACUGGGUCCCCGCCAGCAAGCAGGCUGUCACCGUCUCCUAUUUUUAUGACAGCACACGCAACAGCUACCGCAUCAUCAGCGUGGAUGGGUCCAAGGUGAUCAUCAACAGUACAAUCACACCCAACAUGACGUUCACCAAGACGUCCCAGAAGUUUGGCCAGUGGGCCGACAGCAGGGCGAACACCGUGUUUGGGCUCGGCUUCGCUUCAGAGCAGCAGCUGACAAAGUUUGCUGAGAAGUUCCAGGAGGUAAAAGAAGCGGCCAAACUAGCAAGGGAUAAAUCUCAAGAGAAGGUGGAGACGCUGAGUAAUCACUCCGAGGAGUCCGGACGUGAGACACCUUCGAACAAUCAGCCGUCCAGCAUUAACGGCACAGACGACGAGAAAAUUUCUCAUGUGGGCCCAGAGGCGGCGGUGCUGAAAACGGAGAAUGAGCGUCUAAAGAGUGCAGUUGAACAGAGCAACACCAACGCCAAAAAGUGGGAAACAGAGCUUCAGACUUUAAGAGAGAAUAAUGCCCGGCUGGUGGACGCGCUGCAGGAGUCGUCGGCUAAUGUGGAGACCUGGAAGAAACAGCUCAGUACCUGCAAGGAGGAGAGUGACACACUCAGGCAAAAGAUUGCAGAGCUGGAAGCGCAGUGUAACGAAGCCAACCAGGAGAAGCAGAAAAACGCCCAGCUGGCCGUCCGGGUGCAGGAGCUGGAGGCGGAGCUGCAGGACAAAGAGCAGGAGUUGGAGAACCUGAGAAAGCAGGCGGAGAUAAUCCCUCAGCUCAUGGCGGAGUGUGAGACCAUCACUGCGAAGCUGCAGGCUGCAGAGUCGAAGAACACAGAUCUGGAGGGGAGGAUAGGGGGUCUCCAGCUGGACAUAGACGACAGUCGACAGAAGCAGGGCAGCAUGAAGAGCGAGCUGAAGAAGUUCAUGGAUAUCCUGGACGGGAAAAUAGACGAACUGCACGAGUUCAGACAGGGCCUCUCCAAGCUGGGUGUUGAUAACUGAGGGAAGAGUGUCAGAGAGCUGAAAGGGUCGGAGGUCAGGGACGACAGGAUUCACUUCAGUAUGUCUUCAGGGAAGAAACUAUGUGGCACCUAUUCCCCCAAGGUGAUGUCCACUCAGAAACUAUCAGCUUUGGCUUCUAAUAAACACUACCUUGUGAAAAAGAGAUGUUGUAAGGAGAGAGAGAGAGAGAGAGGAGGGGAAGAGAGAGAAAGACUGGCAGAAUAAAAGGAGGGGGGGGGGGGGGCGGCGUGCUCCACCUAAAGGUUCUGUUUUGUGUGCUGGCAUUGUGAAACUAAAUCGGAGUCACACUUUGAGCUUACUUGUCCGUUCCUGUGGGGGAAAACGGCUUUAAGAAGCUGGUGGUGGGUUCUUCGGAUUCUGUCCAUCUGUCUUUCUUUCUUCUACACGGGCAGUCGGAGCUUUCGGGGCGUUGAGGGACGUUAAAGGGCUGAAAUGAACAACGCGCAAAGACAAUGCUGUUCAGCAUCACUCAAGUAAUAAUUGGUGUUAACCCUUGUGGCCCCCCCACCCUUCACCCCCCCCCCCCCCCCCCCCCCCCCCCCCCCCCCCUCAGAGAAUUAGCGGUGAAGUCUUUCUGCUGACUGUCCUCGAUGUUGCCGCUUGUCUAUCUCAGGUGUGUUAGAAGACGGUGUGUACUCCUUAGAUUAUAUGCACAUUAUAUACAGAGAUCUAGAUAUACAGAUAUGAGAUAAAUGGUUGCGACACAAAGUGCCUCCAGGUGAGUCCAGAUCCGCCUGGCAAGGAGAACCGGCCAAGUGAUGACCAUCACCAUAAUAUCAACUCGUUUGAUUUGUGUGAGAAAACCUGAAAAGUCCAAAGUAAUGGAAAACAGGGGCAGACGUGUCCAUCCCCAGGGAGGAAAAUUUGGCAAAAACAGAGCAGGUGCUUGCCUAAAAAAAAAAACAACUCCUUGAAGGGGCUGCAGCAGGAACUUGUUAACUCUCAUUCUGGGUAUUUUUGGUAAACACUCCUUUUGAUUAUAUUUGCAUAAAGAAGGAAAAUCUCUUCUUUCAUGAGCUUUCCUCCAGGAACAAAGUGACAACGGAACCCCAUCUCGCCAUGAGUGUAGUGUAGUCUCUAAAGGACUUUGUGUGUGUGUGCAAUAGUAUUUCAUUUGUAGAACAAAAAAAAAUUAUGUCUCCAAGGCUGUUGAUGUGCUUCCUAAACACUAGUUUUUGUUAUGGUGGUGGUUAUUUUUGGGGAGAAGGGACUUGGUGCUGCUCGAUGGGUGAAUAAUGUGAAAGUGUACUUCACAGUUAGAUGGCAUGAUGGGCCUUUAGUUUCACCACAACCCCGUCACAUCCUUGGCUUUUGUUUUACAGUUUAUUUAUUUCUGGUGCCUCUCUUGAAAAUAACAUUUCUUAUAAAAUACAAUGUCAUCGAGCCCACUGUUGCCACAUAUGUACAAUGAUUUGGGAUACCAGCCGGGACUCGGAGGGUUUUAUAACUGAGGAUGUCAGGAUGCUGUGGAAGUCCACCUUUUGAAACAUUUGAAAUCAAAGACACAUGUUUGUGGUGACUUAUUUACUCUGUAACACUACAAGUCUAUGGUUUUUCAUUUGUUUUGAUUUUGUCAUGGGAUUGGAAUAUCUAAUGAAGGGAUUUUUUGCUUAUUGUUCUCUCUGUUCUGCCCUGUUUGUAAACUCGCCUGAAUCUGGAUAACGCAGCGUUAUGAUCCUUCCUUUUUGAACCAAUGCCUCUUGUGCACUUUUGUGAUUCCUGUUCAAUAUUGUACAAUAGAACUGACAAUUGGUAAAAUUUAGUUUAAUUACAA